AUGGCUUUCACGACACAGGAAAAACAUAUUGCGGCUCCCUGGUAUGCAGCCUAUCCGGACCCCAAGGCGGACCCUGCGUUUCUCACACGCGAUGAGGUUUUGUCACUCCUGCAAGAUACGGGGCAUGUAGCUGGCAAGAAUUUCGUUCUCGUGGACCUUCGUCGUAAUGACCACCAGGUGUGUCCUGAGCGUCCUGUCCUGAUCUACGUGCUGUUUGGUGGUACGAUUGAAGGGUCGAUCAACCUGCCUGCACAAAGCCUAUGGCCGAUAAUUCCUACGGUGUACCAAAUGUUCAAGGCAGCGGGUGUCCGCAAGGUGAUUUUUUACUGUGGCUCAUCUAGAGGCCGGGGCUGCCGUGCGGGAGGCUGGUUUGCGGACCACAUCAAAGCACAAAACGACAAGGACAUGCAGAGCCUGGUGCUGCAGGGUGGCAUCAAAGGAUGGGUCAAAGCCGGAAGCCAGUUCACUGAUAAGAUGCUAGAGUACGACGCCGCAGCUUGGGAGGCAUAG